GUCAAUGUCAAUCCGCUCCGAAAUUUUCCAAUAAUUUCCACUCGCCACGCCGCCCACCAAGGCCGGUCGGAGUCGCCGGCCGCCCGCGCGGCCCGCCACUCGUCCCAUGCUGCCCGCUCCGCUAGCGCCGCUCGACCCUCACAAGACCCGCGCUUUGACUACCAUCUACGCGCCGAGAAAACUUCGCACCAGACCCAACAGAACAGCUCAAACCAGGAUGAUCGAGAACGAUAUCAAACCUACGCUGUCACCGUUCCGACCGCUACCAGAUAUAGGACAGAAGGAAAGAACUAAAACAAAAGUCAUCGUUUUCGAUUUGAAGAAGGAACCUGAUAAACCUGUGCGAUUACUCGACCCAUUAACACCCCUAAGGAUACACGGUUUUAAACAGCCAGCAAAACUGUUAAGAGAGAAUACGUUCCACGAUAAAAAGUUACGGAGAGAGGAUACGUUUGAGGAUAAACCUCAUCUGUUGAGAGAAAAUACGUAUGAUGUGUUAGAGCCGGUGUAUUUAGAUUCUAGCUCGAAGCGAACGCUGGAGACUUACAGAUUGGACGAUACUGAGCAAGUGUCGCCUAAAACCAGGUUUAAAAAUGCAGCUAUGCAGGUGGCUAAGCUAUCAUCCCUUCCCGAGACAGGGAAGUUACUAUGUUUGCGGGAACGACAAACAUUUAAUUUAUGCCCCAAUGAAGGUAAGUCGUGUAGACUGGAGCAAUUACCUCAAAGUCCUGUACAGAAAUUAAAUAAGUUGUCUGAGAUUUUUCAAAACCUCGAGAUGAAAGGAAGGUACAGAGACAAAAUGAAAAAAGAGAACAGUUGGUUUUAGUUAGUGUAUAAGAGAGUUUAUUUACGUGUUUUCUAUGUGAUUCUAUGCAGAAUUUAAGUGAAAAAGUGUCCUUUAUUUUGUUAUUAUUCAAAUGUAUACGAAGAUAUUAAAUAUUGCUCAAGUUUGGUGUUUAAAAAAUGUUUUAUUAAAGUGUGUCUUAUAUGAAA